GCCGCAGUUCCUCUGCAUUAAUUUGAUAAAAACAUUUUCUUUUAUUGAUUUGUAGACGCGUAAAAUGUCAAAAAUGACGAAAAACUAUUUAAUUUUUGCAAUUUUUGUUGUAUUUUUAUGUCAAUUUGCUUAUUCUCUCAGUUGUUAUCAUUGCAAUUCAAAUUUAGAUGAAGGAUGUGAUGAAAUGCAACCACCGAUUCAAAUUAUGGAAUGCAAAUUCAACGAGACAACAAGAAGAAAUCACCAAAAGUUGGCGAGAGCUUUAAAAGUUCCAAUUGCUUCUGAAUCCACAAUGUACUGCUUGAGAGUCUUUCUAAAUGAUAAACAUGGUGACAAACAGUCCUACCGAGAAUGCUACGAAGACUAUAAAGUAUAUCCACCAUGUGAUAUGGUCACAAAGUCACUGACAUCUGAAAAUGAUCACAUCAGAGUUGAUGAUUGUGAAGUUUGUGAGCGAAAUUUGUGCAAUGGAGACAAGCUGUUGUCUGAAUAUGGAAUCAGUGGAACUUUAAAGAUGUUUUUUGAUAUUCGAUUGGUUUUUAUUUUGUUAAAUGUAAUUUUUUUGAAUUUUUAAGACAAUUUUGAAUGUUUUUUCUAGUACAAAAAUGAAAUUUUGUGAUUAAAAAAGCUUUUUUGGCUUGAAUUUUGAAGCAAUGACGAUUUUUUCAUAAUUAAGAUUUUUAAUAUUUAAAUAUUUAAGUAAAAUAAACUUUUAAUCAACAAAUAAAAGCCGUUAAAUUUUGAAAUUUAUAAAAUUAAGCAAUAAAAG